GGUGGCGCCGUUUUCCGCAGGCAUCUGGAUAAUGAUGGUUCAACUGCACCGAUGAUCAACGAUAAAACUGAUACGGGAAAAUACAAUAUCGACGAGGUUGCAACAGGAAUUUGGGAUCCCAACGCACCAUGCCGAGGCUGGGCACCCGACCGCAGCUGGGGGGCGCCAACGCUAGUGCCUCUAUGCGUUCAUUGGCGCACGGCUGGCCACGCGCAGUCUGAGUCAGCCCACACUAGAGACAUGUCACGGCCGAUCAAUCCGGCGUAGUUCAAUUGGCACUGCAGCAGAUAUGUACCAUGAGACGUCCCGCCGCAAGAGACACAGGGACACGCCUGUCGUCGAUCUGGUCGUCGGGGAAAGAAACUCCUGGGGACACCUGCUGGCAGCCAAAUUUACAGGAAACGUCAGAAUCGAAUCGGAACAGACAGAGACAGACAGAGAAGCCAGGCGCCCGGAUGGCGCAUCGGCAACAGAACGUUGACUGGGGAUUGACCAGCCCCCGCACGCACCAAUCAAACGUGCGUCGUGCGAGCGAGCGUCGGGCGGCAAAUCGACGCCGUGAGCUCAAGACACAAAUUCGUCAGGACAAUGUGUAUUUGAAACAAAAUCGCAUUGGAUCGAUCGGAUCGAAAAAGGACUCCAGUUUCUCCACCUCUGCGGUUGGGAACUCUGGCCUGGCGUGCCGCGGCGGCGGCGGCCCCAGUGACGCGCCCGCGCCCCGCGAGCGGACCGCGCGCAGCUCCGCACCCCCGAGAGGCGCGGGGGGCCAGGACCCCAACCGGGACGCUGCCGCUUGGGAACGGGGACGAGGUUGGCGAGGGACGCGACGCUCAGAAGAUGCAGUCAACCUGUUUAGUAAGGACGCGCAUCUUCUGAAUGGGAUGCUUACUCUGGCAUGGUUUUGGGCCUGGGUCCCGGAACACCCCAGAUCGAAUCUCCGCGUGGCCCAGAAACGCUCAAACAUGAGCGAAUGGGGCCCAUCCUGGCUCCGAGCUUCGCCUACGCGAGCGCAGACACGCUCAAAUGAAGCUCCUGAACGCGUGCUGUUUUUUUUUUCGUGUGGUGCGCCACAUACAUGGCCACCGAAUGGUAAUUGAAUGGUCCGACUAUUGAAUCUGAUUUGUGCGAAUCGCAAGGUCUACCAUCGACUGAUGCAUGCGUCUGUAAGACUGCGGCGGCGUCCUUCUGCAACUCUCAUCCAUAUCCUCGCGGACCUGAUGUGUGACGGUGUCCGUGCUGCCACGAUGGCCUGAAAACAGCUGGGCCAUCUCAAGGGCUAUGCUAGAACGGUCGUGGGGUAAGUUCGAGCCCUCUCGCGCAGAUGUGGCAAUCAUCUUGGCGCGCUGACGUACUGCGCGGCAAACCCACAACCACCAGCAGACAAUAAUGGCAAUCCAGCCACCAUAAAGAAUCGUAGUUGGCAGGAGAGAAGUCCGAUCGUUCAACAUCACUGCGAUGAUCGCGACUCCGAAUGCGUGCACUGCCAAGGCGUGGCUGCAAGCAACAACCUUGGUGAUAACUCUGUCCUCCAUCGGUGGAAAAAGAAGCGUGGUACAGAGCGGGAUACACGACACUGCAAACAACGACCACGCAUCCAACAUCUCAGGGGUAUCGUUUAGGAGCAGCUCGAUGCAAGGAAGCGACACGUGAACAAUCAAGUUCACGUAUGCGGCAAUGAUGGAUCCAAGAGGCUGUGGGCUCAACCGGCCCAAAUCCACUCCACGAACCUUAUCCUUUUUGCGUCGGACCCACUCGAGAGGAUGAAACAACACAUGUCUCGGCAUGGCCUCAAUAUCCCCCUCGGCUGCAGUAAAGGGAGCCAACAAACACAAAUAAAGGCAUCCGACGACACAUGUCACGUACGUGAUGUAGAGGUGGAUGCCCUCCCAACACAAUAUCUCUGGCGCUGCUUCGAGCAUGUGCGACGAAUGGUUGCAAUCAAAAACUCUGGCAAACUCCGUCAUGACAGGAAUCACGCACAUGGUGGAUAUGAUCUUGACAUAAAUUUUCCCUUUGUUGGCUAAUGCACAACAAAAGAAAACAAGAACCGACAAUUCCUGGAUAAUGCAGUCGCGGUCUUAACGUAAAAAGACAUCUCUGGCGUGACACGAAGCGGGAAGUCUAAAUCGAAUAUGGCGAUCUGUACUGUGAAAUUGAUAAGCUUUACUGAACCUCGGUUCCAUGGUACUCUCUUGCCAAACGCAAACUUGACUUUCUGGAAGCAGGCAACCAGCAACAACAUUAUCACAGUCGCCAGUUCCAUGUCUGUCGCGACACGAAUCUGGGUCUUCAUGUAAGCAGAAGUGCCAUCGAAACGCCACAUGAUGGCAGACAUGUCUUCACUGCCAGUGCUAAUAAUCCAUUCGCCAUCCUGCUUCCCAGGAUUUAUUCUGACUGAGUAGAUCGCCUUCUUGUGUUUAGCCAACCUCUGAAUGCAAUGGUACGUGCCAUCAUCUGCCCUUUUCCAAAUAUAGCAAGAUGCGUCAACACCACCUGUUGCGAUCAACGACGAAUCUGAAGAUAUGGCUGCAUCAUACACAGCCUCAGUGUGAACUCCUUGCAGAAUUUGCUGGCAGAUCCAAAGGCCGUCGGCACGUCCCCAUAUCCGAGAGGUCAUGUCGUCAGCGCACGUCACAAGUAACGUCAGGUCGGCGGAUGCGUUUACGCUGCUCAAGCCCUCCGUAUGCCCUUCUAGCGUCUGCAGGCAACUCCAGACGACAUCGUUGCGGUCAUCAGGUGGCUCUUCAGAACGUCUCCACACUUUACAUGUCGUGUCAUGGCUACACGUGAACACAAAAGACAUGUCUUCUGCUAUGUCUACUCCAUAUACAUCCAUGCUAUGGCCCUCUAACGACUGCGCAAACACCCAUUCAUGCCUGCCCAAAUUUCGCCACACGCGGCAUGUUGUAUCUGCACUUACAGUGGCGAUGAAAGAUGCGUCAGGAGUAACCGCGCAGAAAUAUAGUUGGUCAGUGUGGCCUGUAAGCACUGCAACGCAACGCCACCUAGUCCUUGACCGGUGGAAACUGGCUGACGAAACUUCCGAAACCGUCGUUAGGCUUCUGCCUGUGCUUGUCUCCUCUGGGGCAUCCUGUGUAAUUGUGUACACGCGACAUGUCUUAUCCGCGCUAGCUGAAACUAUGACGUCUACCUCGGCAAUCGCAACCCCAUUGACACCAAGUGCAUGGUCGUCGAGAACACCAAUGCACUGCCAAUGCCCAUUGACUGGCGACCAGAUACGGCACGUGGCGUCUUCACUUGCAGUAAUCACGAGCUGCCGGCUGAUUGACACGGCAGUGUAAUUAACUCCAUCUGAAUGACCUUCACUUCCAGCUCGUUUGAAAGGUCUCGCGAUUAUCCUUGCCAAAACGCUCGGACAUCUGAACGCACAUUGUACGCACCCCCCCCGUUCAUUCUCUGCAGGUGCGGACUCUUCCGCUUCUGUAGCUGCUGUUACCACUCGUAAGGGCGCCUUACCCUGAUCUUCAGAGUCCUUGUCUUUCGUGGAAGUGUCUGCCAGUGUUCUUCUCUGCAGAGUCUUCCUCAUCGCUGCAAGAGCCAGCGUCCGCUUCAGAAACGACGGCAACGCAAUGGGCGACCAAUCUUGCCACCGUUGGAAAAUCACUGCUUGAGCCAAUGUGGCUCGAUGCAGCCGUAAAAACCUGUGUGCAUCUUGGCUUAUGUGGGUAUCAUACAUUGUCUUGGGAAACAUGACCCCACAAACAUUCAGGGAUAACUGCUGGAAUAAUCAUGUCCAGGAGACGGAGACACAUCCGCAAACAUCUUCUAGAUGGGUCUGAGGUGCCUGGGAGACAUGUUCUAAUGACAAUGUUGUAAGCCGGCUUCUGAGCCUGCUCG